CUACAAAAGAAAUACCACAUAUACGCAAAAAGCUGAUCAUGGCAAAGUUGUCCAGAUCAAACGGCAAGAAAAAGAAUGGCAUGAACCUCAAGACAAUGGUACAAAUGUUUCAAAAAAAGUGUUUUUUAGCAGAUCAUCAGAGGUCAUCCCCGAAUCAUUUUGACAAGUUUGAGAACUCCAAGGAUGUGGCUAAUGACGUUAAAGAAGGGCAUUUCACGGUGAUGGCGGUGGACAAUGAUGAUAAGGUUAAGAGAUUCAUUGUUCCACUGAGUUGUUUGAGGAAUCCUUGUUUUUUAAGGCUGUUGGAAAAAGCUGCAGAGGAGUAUGGAUUCCAACAUGAAGGUGCACUCAUGCUUCCUUGCAGGCCAAGUGAGCUGGACAGGAUUCUUGCCAACCAAUAUAAUGGAAGAUCAGAAAACGACAGCGUAGACAUUACGCGUGGGGAUAAUCGGCGGCCAUUUUCGCCGUCGGCCGCCGAGGAUUGCCAUUACGUUCGUGCCUAUUUAGGGGAGUCCCAGACUUUUCGUAUAGAUGUGUCUUCAGACGUAGACGAUGAUUGUACGCCAAUGAGGGAUUGGUUGUUCUCUGAUUCAAUUGAUGAGGACCUCAUGCCUCGUCGGCCCGCGCAGGUUCACACUGAAGUUCGUGCCUAUUCAGGGGAGUUUGAGACUUUUCCGAUAGAGGUUUCUUCAGGCGAAGACGAGGACUCUAGCGCAGUGAGGGAUUGGUUGUUCUCUGAUUCAAAUGAUUAG